AGAUGCAAGGGCCCAGCCUGAGGCAUGAAUAUCCCCUAAUUCCCCAACGAAAUCCUCGAAACACCCACCGCGAGUGCGCAAUGCCCUUGCUUGGACCGAUGUAUUGCUUUCUACCCCGAACAUACAAAAGAAAGAAAGAAAGAAAGAAGAAGAAGAAGAAAAAAAAAAACAGAUAA